AGAAGGAGAAGAGGAGAAGAAGAGAAGAAAUUUCACUAAUAGCAGAAGCGAACCAUGGAGUCGCCGACCUCAUGGGACGCCCUGCGUAAACAGGCAAGGAAACUUGAAGCACAGUUGGAUGAGCAGUUGAAUUCAUAUCGUAGGUUGGUUUCUACAAAAUCUGAUGAUACAGACAAUGAUCUUGAAUCCGGGAUAGAACGACUGCUUAAACAGCUUCAACAAGUAAAUUCACAGAUGCGAGAUUGGGUAUCAUCAGGGGGCUCCGAAAUGGUUUCCCAUACUCUAACUCGGCACCAAGAAAUUUUACAGGAUCUUACUCAGGAGUUUCAUCGGCUCCGAUCUAGCCUUAAAGCUAAAAGGGAACAUGCUUCACUUCUUGAGGAUUUCCGUGAAUUUGAUCGAACAAGACUAGAUUUGGAGGAAGGUGGUGGCUCUGUGGAGCAGGCUCUCCUUAAAGAGCAUGCAGCUAUCAGCAGGAAUACCGGACAGAUGGAUAAUGUGAUUUCUCAAGCACAAGCUACUCUUGGCACUCUUGUUUUUCAGCGUUCAACAUUUGGGGGCAUCAAUUCCAAGAUAAGCAAUGUCAGCAGUCGUCUUCCAACGGUGAAUCACAUACUCUCUGCAAUAAAGAAGAAAAAGUCCAUGGAUACUAUCAUUCUUUCCCUCGUUGCAUCUGUCUGCACAUUUCUUAUUUUGAUUUACUGGUUGACCAAGUAGGAAGCCAACCCCAUUUUGUUGGGAUAAGGCUAUAUUGUUGUUGUGGGUUUUACCAAGUAGGAAAGCAUUGUGGAUUGCUGGUGAUAAGUAUUGUGGCUUCCUUUUGAUUCUUUUGUAGUUUCCAAAUCUCCUUUCUCUCUAUACAUGUUGUAUGUAAGCAGUCUAUUUCUUAAAAUUAUCUUAUGUUGCUAAUGAAGUUUCAGCAUACUUGU